UGAAGUUACAAAAGUUAUUGCUAGUAUUAAAUAUCAAGCUCAUGAAACUAGAGAUACACCUUCUCAAAUUAUUCAAGAUAAUAUUGCUACUAUUCUAUUAAAACUUUCUUCUUAUAUACCUACAUAUGAAGCUCUUUAUAUGAGAAUUAAACAGAUCAGAAGUGCCAAA